AAAGUAUGAAUGGCAAGAAUAGUCCUUGAAUCGAAUCAAACCUGCCAACAUGCUGGAGCUUUGCAAUAACCUUUGACCUUUCGGAAAGUUUCCCGCGCUCUUUUGCGUUGCUCGCCACGCAUCCUGACUAACUCGGCUCGCAGAGACCAGGUACCGGUCGUCUGACGUCCCCAGCUUGCGUCAUUCCCGGGAAAGAGGAGCUAGAACUGCUUACAGUGUCCGGUAAGAGUAAGGGCAUGUUGUUGCCACAUUUCCAGAGCCGAUUGUGAAGCUGAGAAGAAAUAGAGGUCGCUAAUUGGGCUACAAUGGCAGCACAGAGGUCACUGACAGCCGUUAACUUCUGCCAUGACACACACUCGAGCGCCCUCUUGCAGGGUUUGCAGGAACUGCGAUCAGAGAACCUGUUGGUGGACGUCAUCCUGUGUGUCUCUGGGAGAGAAAUCCCCUGCCACAGAAAUGUACUUGCUACGUGCAGCGAAUAUUUCCGCGCAAUGUUCUGCAAUGGACACCUUGAGAGCAAAGAGCAUAAGGUAACCAUUGAAGAACAGAGCGCCAGUGCCUUGCAGCUUCUUGUUGACUACGCCUACACGUCAAGGGUGACGAUCACCGAAGACAACGCUGUGGAACUGAUGGAAGCAGCCAACUUCUUUCAGGUUCUACCAAUCAAGGAUGCCUGCACAAAGUUCCUAUCGGACAGUCUAUGUGUCAAGAACUGCCUUAAGCUGGUAAGCUUAGGUGGCAUGAUUGACCACGUCCUGGAAGCAGAUGCGCUUUUAUAUGCCAGGAAGGAGUUUCGUGCUGCCAGCAAGACACCGGAGUUGCUUGAGUUGACAAAGGAGCAGCUCAUCAAGCUCAUCUCAUCAGACCACCUAAACGCUCCUGAAGAAACUGUGUACACAGCAGUGAUGACAUGGAUCAACCAUGACACCAGGAAGAGGAAGAAGGAGAUGAGAGAGCUGAUGGAGCUGGUCAGGUUCCCCUGGAUGGACAAAAUGUACUUCCUGGAGAAGGUGGAAACUGACAAGACCAUGCAAAAGUGCUGUCCUGAUCUCAUGUCAGAAGCUCGCAAGUAUCAGGCAUUCCCAGGGGAGAUCCAGUCACCCCGCACCCUUCCCCGCCAUGCCAGUGGUCUGAGGGAGGCAGUGGUGGUCAUUGGAGGAUGUGAAAAGGUUGAAGAAGAAAUUUUUUCGGGUUACAACAACUCCGUCAUGAUGACACACUCCUCUGCACCAUGUAGCACAAGUUGGGUUUCUAUGACAAAAAUGAAGAAAGAAAAGGACCAUGGAUUUGCUGUGGCUGUUUUGGGCACAAGUGACAUUAUGGUGUGUGGUGGGGUUCGUUGCAAGAAGAAUGUUUGGCUCUAUCAGGCAAAACUUGACAUCUGGUGUAAACUUGCUCCGAUGUGCACAGAUAGGGCCUAUUUCAAGCUGGCAGUACUGCAAGGCAAAGUGUACGCAAUUGGUGGCAAAAUUAGCCACCCACCUCGAGUUGUAGAAUCAAGUGUGGAAGUCUAUGACCAGAGCCUGAACAAGUGGACUGAAGGUGUUCCACUCCCACAGCCUAGGUACCACCAUGCAGUUGCGGUGCUCGAUGGCAGCAUGUAUGUAAUAGGUGGACGUGAUGCUGAGGUUAAAGAAAAAUCUACAGUGUUCCACUUCAGUAACUCCCAGUGGCAUACAGGAAGGGACCUGCCUGUGGUGGCCUCUUGUAUUACUGCUUCAGUUCUCAAUGGUAGCAUCUAUGUAGCUGGGGUUCGAUCAAAACUGCUGUGUUACAGGCCAGAAGAAGACUUGUGGACUGUUAUAAACAACACUAAUAUUGGACUCAGAUGUGCUAUGACUGUCUUUGGUGGGCAGAUUUUCAUGUAUGGAGGCUUGGACAAUGAUGGCAAUGGAACAACAAAGGUUUUGCAGCUUAACCAAGACGAGUCACUUGAGCAGGUGGGAACCAUGCCCAAGGGUCUGUUUGACCUAGCUUGUGUCACUAUAUUAAAGGGUUGAGGUACAACAUGGUACCUUUUAUUCCUAACAGAUCACAACACAUGAAUGAGUGUGAAUCAUUUAAUGGAUCCAUGGACAGUAUUGAUUGUUAAGAUGACUGUCUGUGUACCUAAACCUGUACCUGUGCUUUUACCAGUAGAAGUGCUUAGGUACCGUACAGGUACAGACCUAAACACCUAGUGUAUCUGUGUCUGUACCUAUACCUGAACAAACUCCCUUGUGAACACCAUUUUUUCAGAAGUCUUAAGUAACUCCUGAAUCAAUGAUGACAAUUUUGUUAACCUGCCAGUUGAAGAUUAGACUUGUUUGAGACUCAAGUGAAAUAUGCCGUACAAAAAUGAUACUUACAGACAGUUGGGUACCUGCAUAAGUUACGGGUAAUUGACCAUAAUUGUUUAGGUACUGGUGCAGGUAUGGAUUUGUUUAAGUACACAGCCCUAUGACUAGUUGAUGUUGCUUAACAUUGAAUGUCAUAAUGAUUGAAAGUCUGCAUUUAGUAAGCAGGGUGUGAAGGAAAAUGUAUGAAGAUGAGAUAGUUCACACAGAUUCUAUGUGAAAACAUGUUCCAACAUGUAGACUGGUGUAGUGUUAACUUAGAUGUGAUUUCUUCAUUAAUCAUAAAGAUUACUACGUGACAUUGGAAUCACUCUGCUGUUCGAGCUUAACUUGGAAUGGGUCAGGAAAAAUACUUUCUUAGUUUCUCCCCCCCUGAGUUUUUUUUUAAAAUCUAUAAAUAAAUAAACAAUGUAUCCAGAGCACCACACAAAGAUUGUGCCCCAUGUACACUGCAUAUUAGAGUCAUUUUAGUGAUUUAACUUAAUAUAUGAGUUGUAUUUGAAGAUAUUGUGAUGCCCAUGUUCAUACAUGGAGAGCAUUGUGCUGUGAAGCUAACCUCCAAGCAGAUGUAUGGUCCAGCUCAGUUACACUUUGUUGUAGCUUUGUUACCUUUAGUAGUGAUUAACCAACUUAUGUUAAAAAAAAACAUUACCUGAAAAAAAUACCUGCUGUGAGUUAUGGUUUUUUUUUUGUCAUCAUACAAUUCAAUGAAUUUAGUUAAAAUUUUAUGCCAAGUCUUUACUGCACAACGUUAGUGCUUAUCUCCCUCGCGGCGCCUCAGGUCCGAGUCCGUCGCUCAAAGUGCUGAAAAUAUGUUAGGGGGGAACUCUCUCAAAAACCUUUCCAUCUUCUAUUCUUCAUAUAAAUAACGUUAUGUGUACAUAGAAGAUUCAUAGAAGAUUAUAGUUGCAGCAAGUUUUAUUAAGUUAGCAGACAAGGAAUGUGAGUUGUUUUACAACAUGUACAAUUAUGUGGCCUCACAAUGACCUCCAAGCAGAUGUAAGAUCCAGUUCAGCAUUUUACAAACAAUUAUCAAGGCUUUAGUAGGGGGAGGGGAAGACAGAAAACGCCGACCACUAGAAAGAUGCCUGAAAAAAUGUGUAAAAAAACUGGGGCUUACAUCUGCUUGGACGUUAGCUUGACAACACUGUGCAAGGCACUGAUAGUGUAUAUCAGGCACAUAGUAUGUUCUCCAUGUAUGAACAUGGCUGUCACAAUAGAUAAAUAAUCUUCAAAUACAACUCGUAUGUACAGAUAUUUUCAGCACCCAAACAGCAAUGUAACAUCAUUCAACAUAAAAGACCUAAUACUAAACCAAGUAUCACAGACAAUGCUUUUCCUAUUUCUCCCCAAAAAGAUAUUCGAUAAAAGGUACAAAAGCAAACAUUUUAGUUAAGGCAACAUUAAGUUUCCAUAGUACAUUUAACUCUUUCUGUGCUGUGCUUCAGUGUAAGGCAAUGGUGGUAGUAACAAUUGUAUAUUUAAGUAUUGCUUUUAUUUUGUAAAAAUUGAUUUACAUAUAACAAAAAAACUUGCCAUAUAUUAAUCCAUAAGUUAUGUUGAAGAUAUAUUCAAUGUAGAGGAAUAAACAGACAUUGAUACAAAAAUAUCCCCUAAUGUUUUGAUCUUGUUUUGUUGAUAUGGUUGUAAUGAAUCAAAAGUGAACUCUAUAUAGAUUUCAGAAGAGCAUAAAAUCAAAUGUACAAUCAACACGUACAUCAAUGGCUUGGGUAUCCAGUAAAAGUUGGGUUUUUUUCAGUGUUGGUCCAAAAUUUUAGUAGUGCCCAUGAAAGAAGUAAAGAGAUCCCCCUGAUGUACAUUGUAUUGGUAGAAGAGAAGUUUAAAUGUCACUCAGCACCAAGAAUAUUGUUUCAACAAGUUCUUAAAAGUGAAACAUGCAAAUGGUUUGGGACUGCACACAAGGCAAGAUAACAUUGCAUUCCUUCUAAUCAUGGGAUCUCAUGAUAUUACAAUAUCUUAAUUACAGAUAGUGUAUAUAUGUAGGCAAUGCAUGGAGGCACAACUUGCUAACAUAGCAAGGACUUAUAAAUACUAACAUUUUAAAUUG